AGCUGUGCAGUAACUGUCGGGACGCGGCUCGGGCGGUCACUGAAGUGCGGUCAGGGGCUCCGGACGUCUCGGAUGCCACUCAGGAAGGGGGCGCCAUGCUGCUUCCGUCCGAUGUGGCCCGGCUGGUGCUGGGUUACUUGCAGCAAGAAAAACUCACGUCUACCUGCCGAUCCUUUAUCGCAGAGAGUCCAAGUCUGAAAGAAUAUGCAGAGCAUCAUACGGAGGAUGGCAGCAUUCCUGGAUGCUUGCUGUCUCUCUUUGGAAAAAACUUGACUACGAUUCUAAAUGAAUAUAUAACAAUGAAAGCAAAGGAGCAUCAAGCUGAAAUACCAUUUAUGGUGUCGUCCUUGUGGAAGAAGCUUGACCUCACUCUUUCCCAGAUCAGGUCCAUGCAGGAAUCAGCAGCAUUUAACAACCAUCAGAGAGCACGCACGAGAAAGGGGAUAAAUGACAGAUUACGGCAGAGAAUGUUGACCUCCCCUCUGGCUGUUUCAGGUUCCCCGGCACCACAACCUGUGAUACAUCAGACAUCUACCCCAAUAAUGGCAACUCAGUAUAUUUUGCAACCUUUAAACACCCCAGGUGCCUUACAACCCAUCGCCUGCCCUUCAUUUGGAGGAGAGUCUACUGUACAAAACAUUGCCUCUACUUCCGUCAGCAUUGUGGAGCCUGCUCCAAGCAGUUCUACGGCCGGUACACAGAAAAAAACGCCACCUGCAGCCACCGCUUCUCCCAUGAGACGAAAACAAGAUAUUCAGAGGAGACGACGAGCAGCCCAGUUGAGUUCGACUACAAUAGCAUCAGAUGGAGACGUGUGUGAAGAUGUUGAUACCCUUCAAGCCAUUGUUGACAAUGACUUAUCUCAAAUGGUGAUUGAAAAUGCCAGGGAAAAGAUCUUAAGCAAUAAGAGUCUUCAAGAGAAGCUGGCAGAAAAUAUCAAUAAGUUUCUUGGAAGUGACUCAACUGCACAGAGUACGAAACAGUCAGAUGGAACAACUGCUGAGCAAGACCCCUCUAUUGAUGAGAUCCUUGGCCUCCAGGGAGGAGAGAUGCACAUGUCUGAGGAGGCCAUCAGUGAUAUCUUAACACAGACAGAAUUGGACCCUGACUUUCAGGAGCUCUAUGAUUUGUUUGCAUGUGUUACAUCGAAGAAUCCAAAGGUGACGACCCGUGAAUCUUCCACCCGUAAUAAUGAUCCUAAGACUAAUGUGACUGAAAAAGGAAAAAAGCAAGAUGUUGUGGAAAGAUUACUGGACGUGGAAAGUGGUUCUACAGAAUGUGCUAAGGAAACUAAUGUCUGCUCAAAAGGGAAGGAAGCUGCCAACUUACCUGUCCAAAAUAUUGAGAAAUCUUCAGAGGACCAGACUUCCCAACUUCCCAGUACUUCAAAAGCAUGUGCAGAUGGAAACAGCAGUUCAGAGCAUCAAACUUCAAGUUAUGGCAACCAGAAUGCUUCUUCAAUCGAGAAUUCAGAAGGUGACAUGGUAAUGGACACUAGCACUGACUUACUAGUCGCUGAGGUAGUAGUCGAAUCACAUGGACAGGAUACUGAAAUGGAGGACAUUCCUUCAAAGGAAGAUGCAGCAUAUGGGUUCCACAUGGAUAGUUUACCAACAGACAUUGUGGUUUCAGAUAAAUCUACGAGUUCUGCGACUUUGAGGACUGUAAAUGGGGAUGUGAAAGACUCUGAGGUGAUAAGCAAUGGUUCCCUACAAGAUGCCAGUGAGUGUGACCCAGUUAUCUCAUCACUGACAAAUGUGCCAGGGACCCCGCAAAAAGAAAACAAGAAACACGUGACCAGGGCCUCAACAAGUCCUUCAAAUAAACCCUGCAAUAGUUCAACAAACCUGCAAGAUAAUGCUGUAGAAACUGUAACAACAGCUGCAAAGGACCAAACGGCACAAAAUGCGGCUGUAGAUAAUGAACUGGCAGCAUGUCCUGGACAGAUCAGCGUGGCACUUGAGACUGCAGCCCUCUGUAGUUCUGUGCCAAGUACCAGCCAGACAGAUUUGGAUGACUCAAGCAUUGUAACACUUAACAUCCUUACAGAAGGUUUGCCGGAAGAUACAGAAUUACACAGUGCUGUCCAAAGUAUAGACGGAGAAAACUAUGCAACGAUUAUAUUAUCACCUCUAGUAAAAAGUCAAGACCUUAAAAUCGCCAUGCCAUCCCAGGACAAUGCUAUCAUAGAUCUUACAGAUUCUCCUGUUGUAGGACAGCAGGCUGAGCUGGUGACUCAGUCAAGUGAUGGAACUGUAAGCAUUAAUACUUUAAGUGGAGACUGUACUAUUUAUUCUAUUUCUGCAUCGUCUAAUAGCACUGGAGAAAGUGGUGUUAUUCAGCUAAUGCCGGCAACAAGCUCUACAUUUGCGGCACCUGGUAACAUGUAUAUAAACAAUUGUAUGCCGAAUAGUGGUCCGCCUAUGCAGUCUAAUAUUGUGAUGCUGUCUAAUAGUUCUGCUUCCAACCAAAAACAGGCAAGUCUUUUUCAAACUCCACCCAGGCCUGGGAGCGUUUACACUGUUGGACAGACUAUGUCGCCAAAACUUUCUCAAGGCUCCACCAUUAUACUUGCCUCUCCCAUCCAGCCUGUCUUGCAGGGAGUUGUGGGUAUGUUCCCUGUCUCUCUUGUGGGCCAAGGUGGAAGCACAUUCACCGCACCAUCUCACCAGAUCUUGCAUGUUCCUGUAUCCAAGCCUAUAGUUCCAAAACUGCCAUUGCCAAGGGCUCAGAAACCCGCUCUACUAAAAUCUAAUGCAAACACAGGCAAAUCCUCAUCUAACUCGGCAGCCGACACUUCAAGUGGUUCGUCCAGUUCAGUUGGGCAAAGAUUAGUAAAUGAAGGUAAAAGGUCUGAAUCAGAGUCAAUAAAUAAACCUGAUGACUCUGCUCUCCCAGACAGCACUAAUGCGGCGGCCAAAGAGGUAGAAGCACACAGAAGGGUUCUCUGUUUUGAUGGGAGCACUUCAGCAGCAGCCAAAUUAGGUUCCCCAUCCUCAACCAAUAUCAGAAGUCAGAAAACCGAUAGGAAAGACUCCGUCCACAAUGUUGGGUCUUCUGAGGGAAGCGCUUCUUCAUCUAGGGCGAGUGUGUCAAAAGAAAACCAAAAAACGGAAAGCGCUGCACCUUCCGGAGGCAAGAAUCCAAAAGCCUCUGCGACUUCUUCUGCUUCUACGAAGGAGCAGGCCGCAGAGAAGAGACCCGCAGCUCCAUGUGAUGGUGCACUCGGCAACAAGGAGAAUGUUCUGCAGGUAGAGGCUGCAGCACCAGCGGAUAAGAGGAGCAAUACUCCGGAAAGUGAAAAGAAUGCCAAAAGACCCCAGGAAACCGGUAAGAAAUCCACUUCGCUGCCGAACAUUCUUAGGAGGACGCCGCAAAAGGCACCCUCAGAACGAGUGUGCCCCACUAGUCCUCUGGUCAGGCAAGCCAGCCAGUUAUUACAGGGCAUGCAGUUCCAGAGUCCAACUUCGAAGCAACCAUCUCAGGGAGAUUUGGCUAUCCCACCUACUCCAGGAUCUGGAUUGGAUGACAAACCAUUGGACAAUCACAUAGAGCAGACGAGGACCCCGACGAGCAAGCGUUACGAUGAUGGUGGAACGCCGAAACCGAUGCUUCCGCCUGCAACACCGGAUCUGCCCACCUGCAGCCCUGCUAGCGAAGCUGGCAGCGAGAACAGUGUCAACAUGGCUGCUCACACCCUAAUGAUCCUAUCACGCGCCACUCUCGCAAAGUCUAGCGGUAACACUCCUUUAAAGGACAACACGCAACAGAUAAAAUCUUCCAAGAGUUCUUCCAAAAAGAGAAAGCUUGAUGAAACUGAGGAGUUCGAGAGACCAACACAUAAGAAAGACCAUAUUAGCCCAGCUACUUCACAGAAAAAAAGAAGAGCAAAGAAACAGCGGAAGAAGAGUAUGGACAACUUCCCAGCUGGAAUGGACGUGGAUAAAUUUUUGAUGUCCCUUCAUUAUGAUGAAUAAUGUGAAUUUGAAGCAUAACUGCACAAUGUACCUUAGAGCAAUUAUUGUGUUAUAUGUAAAGAUGUACAAAGUCCUCUGUAUAUAGACCUGACGGGUUGCAGUUUUGUUUGUGUAAUAUAAUAUUGAAGCACUUGCUGCAUUGCUUUGCUUUUCCAAGCUGUAAAUAUUAAAAUACUUGGGAAAAGUUAUGUAAUACCGCCAGUCAGGAUCUACUCACCCAAUAUAGUUGAAAAUUGGAGAUAUUUUUGAUGCUUUAUCCAGCUUUAUGCCUUGUUCUUUUAUAUGGCCUGACAGUUCUGUUUUGAUAACAUCUUAUUAAAAAAAGAAGUCUGAAUAGGUUUCUGUGAAUGUCAUU